AUGGCAGCAAGAGCUGCGGGAAUAGCAGGAUUUCUAUUGUUUAUUGCUAGAAACAUAAGAAGGAUGGCUGGGACAAGCCUUCCUGGUGGACGAUGCCUGCUAUUGAUAGCACAUCCGGACGAUGAGUCGAUGUUUUUUGCGCCCACACUGCUGAAUCUCAGAAGAAACGUGGAUAUACUGUGUCUUUCGAAUGGAGACAAGUAUGGGAAGGGAAAGAUCAGAGAAAAAGAGCUCCGCAAGGUUGCUGAGCACACACAGGCCCGCCUGACAAUAUCAUUGCUUUCUGACGGCAGUGACUGGAACAAGACAAUGGUUUGCAUGUAUAUUGCCAAGCACUACUUGCUAAGGCCAUUUGAUGUGCUUAUUACAUUUGACGAGAAAGGUGUUUCAGGGCAUAAGAAUCACAUAUCGUGCUAUGAAGGCGCAAGGCUGUUUCUCAGGGCAUUCAGAAUACAGGGUCUGUUCCUAGAGUCAAAGGGAAUACUGAGGAAGUAUUGUGUUGAUGUAUCAGCAGGCAAAAUAUCAUGUGCUGUUCCGUUGAUGAUGUACAUGGAGCCAGUGAAGAUGAUGCUCAUGCAUGAAUCGCAGAUGGUGUGGUAUAGAUACAUAUAUGUGAUUCUUUCGAACUUUAUGUCGUACAACGACUUCAGGGAGAUUGAGUAG